AUGCAGCGGACGUUCCUCAAGUUCGAGCCACGGUCGCCGACAUAUGGACCGAACGAGUCGUCCCGCUCCAGAAAGUCAGCAAAGAAGAAGGAGAGCAAGGGCCGCGGGAGGAAGGAGCGUGGCGGGCGGCAUGGUGGCAAGGGCGAGGUCGACGAGGGGCCCAAGCACCCGCUGUGGACCUCGUCGUUUGUGGCCAAGAUGAAGUUCCGCAACCAUCUGCCGGCGGUGCCCGUGGAUUCGGUCUUUCUGGCGUAUCCGUUUCCGGACGACCGGUUUACGGCGUACAAGCCGACGACGCUCGAGCGCGACAACAAGGACCUGGUCCUGCUCAAGGAGGCUGGAGUGGAGACGAGGGCCUCACUGAUUGAUCCGCGCGAGGGGGCGUGGCCGGAGGAUCUUGCGGCGGCGGCGUCGACGGAUCCGGUGCAGACGGACGUGCUGGUGCAAAAGGCGGCGGAGGCGUCUGCGGCACGGGCGAGCCGGCUGGAGCUGGCGGACGAGGACACGCGGCUGAUCGAGCUCGGCGCACGGUCGCUGCAGGAGAACGCGACAGAGCUUGCGCACGUGACGUUCCUCCGCAAGGGCCAGUACCUCGGCAACGAGUUUGUGGGCGUGCACGCCGGUGUGGCGGCCAACCCCGAGCGGCUGCACGGGCGGUCAGCGCUCAACACUCUGGGCGAGGACAGGGUGCUGACGCUCGAGGAGCAGCGCGACGUGGUGGACGCGACGUUUGUGGACGCGGGCAAGGCGCCGGUCCAUCCUCGGGUGCCUGGGAUGAAGGCCAAGCGUGUGCUGGAGAUUGUGCCGUCGAGCGAGCUCGACUCGGAGCGGCUCAACAUUGUGACGUUCCAGGGCAAGCCGGCGGCAGAGCCUGCAGGCGCGGUAAUCAAGGGCGGCGAGCACGACGGCGACACGUUUGUCAUGUACCUCCUGCCGAAGAGCAACAAGCGGCAGCGCCGCCUGGACGAUGACGACGUGAGCGCCGGCGCUGCUGCCGGCUCCGAUCCGUCUGAGCUCGAGUGGAUCCGCGAGUUCAACUACGAGACCCGGGCGCCGCCUGAGCUGUUCAUGCUCACUGUCGACGGCGACGCCGCCAGCUACGCGCCGAUCAACACUGUGCUCUCGCUCCACAAGCGGAAGCCGGUCGGCUCGUUCCAGGCGCAGCACGUGCGUCCGGCAAGCAUCACGUCGACGCGGGUCUCGGCCGAGGAGCUGGCCGCCCGCGAGUCUGCGCUCGGCAGCUACGACGACGGCGAGCUCGAUGACGAGCUCGGCGGCGAUGGCAUGGACGACAUGGACCGCAGCGCGUCGCCGACCGGCCUGCUUGCACCGAUGACGACCGCGUAAAUGUAACGCCAGACACAG